UGUCAGCUGGAAACAAACAUGGCGACGGCCGCCGCUCCGGGCUGCCGCUUGUUCGGGAGACUCGUCCGUUUACCGCCACUCAGACAGCUCCUCGGCCGUCGCGUGGACCGGAACGUUCCGCGGCUGUACUCCAGCGCUACGCACGAGGACACCCAGCCGGAACUUAGAGGCACGACUUCAGCCCCGGACACCAGCGCGAGACCGGAGAGGCUGAGAGAUGACAGCAUACUCCCCUUUUCAGCGUUCUUGACUGACGACUUUGGCCGGAGGCACAGCUACCUGCGCAUCUCCCUGACGGAGAAAUGCAACCUGCGCUGUCAGUACUGCAUGCCAGAUGAGGGGGUGAAGCUGACACCACGGAGCCAACUGCUGUCCACCUCGGAGGUCCUGACCCUGGCUCGCCUCUUUGUCCGCGAGGGGGUGGAGAAGAUCCGCCUCACAGGAGGAGAGCCCCUCAUCAAACCCGACGUGCUGGAUAUCAUCAAAGAACUGAGGAAGUUUGAGGGGCUGAAAACCAUUGCGGUGACAACUAACGGCAUGAACUUGGCCAAGCUUCUGCCUAAGCUGAAAGACGCUGGCCUUGACCUGAUUAACAUCAGCCUGGAUUCACUUGUCCCUGCCAAGUUUGAGUUCAUUGUCAGGCGGAAAGGGUUCCACAAGGUCAUGGAGGGCAUAGAAAAGGCCAUCGAAAUGGGCUUUAACCCUGUGAAGGUGAACUGUGUGGUCAUGCGAGGCCUCAACGAGGAUGAGCUGCUGGACUUUGUGGCGCUGACGGAGAAGAAGCCUCUGGAGGUGCGCUUCAUCGAAUACAUGCCCUUCGAUGGCAACAAGUGGAACUUUAAGAAGAUGGUGAGUUACCAGGAGAUGCUGGACCUCAUCAGGCAGCAGUGGCCCGACCUGGAAAGGCUUCAAACUGGACGUGGAGACACUGCCAAGAUGUUUAAAGUGCCGGGCUUCAAAGGGCAGGUGGGCUUCAUCACCUCCAUGUCUGAACACUUCUGUGGCUCCUGCAACCGCUUGCGUAUAACAGCAGAUGGCAACCUCAAGGUAUGUUUGUUCGGGAACACUGAGGUGUCUCUGAGAGAUGUCUUGCGCUCCGGGGCAUCGGAUGAAGAGCUGCUGCAAAUCAUUGGAGCCGCUGUGGGCAGGAAGAAGAAACAGCACGCAGGCAUGUUUAAUAUCUCGAAAAUGAAGAACAGGCCUAUGAUCCACAUUGGCACCACUUCCCAAAGGCCUUUGUCUCCGGCAAAGUUGCAGGACAGCCGGAGAGCUUUCCCCAUCAUUUCCCUUCUUACUAACAACACAUUCCUCUCUGCAACAGCCUCUCCUCAGAGGUGCCGCUCAGGCAGCGACAGAGUCCUGAAUAGAGAGGGUUUCUUGUGCCUUCGGGACUGCACUGCUUCAACACAGGCUGCCCAUGUUUGCUGCUCUAGACCCUUAAUGAGUGGGGGUACCCGUGUGAGGUCACAUAUCAAAACAGAACUCUCCGAGGACACGGACAUCCUCCGCAGUGCAGCACCCCUUCACUCCUCUGAGGUCCUCGAUCUCAUCAGCGGUCACACUAAGACUGCACGCACAAAUGUCAUGAGCUGCGUUAAUGAAGACUGUCUCAGGUUCCCACAAGCCAGGGGUCCUUAUGCUUUGAGCAGCCACUCACUCAGGACCCCAGGAGCACUACAGAAAGCCAAAAGAGAUGUUAAUGGACACAAUGUUAGGCUGUGCCACAAUCAGAGUUCCAGCAAAGACCCCGGUGAUGAACUUAGCCGAUCUGCGAGUGAUCGGAAACAGUCGGGCACAAACGUCUGCAACCAUCACCCUGAUGAAACCGCCGAAGCCCAGCUGACUCACACGGACGCCCAGGGCCGAGCCACCAUGGUGGACAUCGGCGGCAAAGCUCCCACGCGUCGAACAGCCACAGCCAGCGCCACCGUCCUCUUGGGCCCCACCGCCUUCCGGCUGCUCCGGGAUCACCAGCUGGCCAAGGGGGACGCCUUGGCCGUGGCGAGGCUCUCUGGCAUCAUGGCCGCCAAGCAGACCUCCGCCCUCAUCCCGCUCUGCCACCCGCUCCCCUUGGACCACACCUCCGUCACCUUCGACCUCUCCGAGCCGCAGAACGCCGCGGUCGUGACGGCAACGUGCAGCUGUACGGGCAGGACAGGAGUGGAGAUGGAGGCUCUGACAGCCGUCUCCGUUGCUGCGCUGACCAUCUAUGACAUGUGCAAGGCAGUGAGCCAUGACAUCAUCAUUACAGACGUGAAACUGGUCCGUAAGACGGGCGGGAAGAGUGACUUUCAACGUCAUUCCUGAUCCCCUCGCCCACCUUUUAAAUUCCACUAGGGUUGUAACGGUAUGAGAUUUUCGCCGUACAAUAACCAACUCACAAACCAUCAUGGUGAACAGUAUAACACUAAUACUAAAAAUAAAAUACUACCAGUUACAAUGAUCCUCAAAGGACUUUCUUAGUAUUUAUCAAUGAUGAUAAACUGUGGAAGAAUAAUUUAAUUCCGAGUCGCACAUUUACUGGAUUUAACUUGAGCUUUUAUUGUUUCCCUUCUACCUCAUGUAGUAUACUGGGAACACUGGAUAUUGUACUCGUGCCACAUCACAGCGGAGGAUGACCGUUGGGUCACAUUUUUUAAAUCUUUUGCUUCAAAAUAUCCAGCAUCCAUAUACAGGCUGAUAACACAAAUAACUCACCACACUACGGAAGUUUACUUUUUAUUCCCCCCUUCACCGUCAUAUGAACAUGGUUGAUUGCCUUUGUUGAUUUGAUUUGCAGCUCUAAAUGUAUAAUUGUAUGAACAUGUGUGAUGAACUGGCUGGUGAAAUGAGAACAGCUGUCCUGAAUACUGCUAUUUUUGUAUCAUAGAGAAUACUUUUAAUUCACUCGGCAUCCAGCUCACUUCAUUGCAAUGAUCUUGUUUUUUUUCAGGAAGUAAAAUGCAAACUAGGUAACUGGAGGCUUGUUAGCAGUUAUUUAUAAAAAUGAAAACAUUCUACAAUCUUUCUCCUUUGUUGUCUAAACUUUGUCGUACACUGAGUCUGACAGUUCCUGAUUCCAAAAUGUGGGCGGUGGGGGACAAAGCCUCUUUUGAUACUCAAAAUAUCAGUUGAGGACAGGUUUGCGUUUCCAGACCCUAAAGUUCAGGAUCCAGUCCUAAAUAUGCCAUAAUGUCCAUUUUCAGCUGCUGUCUGUAGUCUGAAGACGGACAUGUUCAGGUCUCAUAAAGACUCAUGAGGACCUGAAGGAGAUAAGAGAAAGAGACAGCAGCAGACCUAUUACUCAGACUAACUGGGAGGACAUGGAAGGACACAGAUUAGAUUAGAUUAGUCCAUUUCAGGUAGAGUUAUCCUCUAAACAGCAGCAGGCUCCUCUUACUUUGUUCAUCAAUCUUUAUCUUUAUUUGUAAAUGUCAUUUUCUAGAUUAUAUUUGGAAGAAUAAAUGACAUAAGCUUAAGAAAGCUGUUCCCGCAGAUUUAAUAUAUUUUAUCCCAAUUCACAUCAUGUGUAAUUUUCUUACUAAUCCUUGUUAUUUCCAUAAUGUUUGGAAAGAGAUAUGAAUCAUGUUCUUGAUCUUUUGAUGGUUUAAGUGAUAUGCGGUCCUAUGGACGAUUUGUGCAGUUUUGCAAUUCCCUCAAAGAAUUCAAUUCAUGAACCUGUACUAUUCUGAAUAAAUUCAUUCAAUUUAUGAAA